AUGACAUCGGCAGAGCCCUCAAUUAAUGGUUCUGUGACUAGGCUCAGGAAAGCAGACGAUGUGCGCAUUGAACUAGGCGAAUUGACUGUACACAAUGUAAAUCAGCUAAAGAUUAUUAAUAGAACGGUUUUUCCUGUACAUUACACGGACAAAUUCUACACUGAUCUUCUUAAACAACCACAACUCUGCCGGCUUGCUUACUUUAAUGACAUAGUUGUUGGUGCAGUUUGCUACCGAUAUGAGAAGGUGGACGGGUCGGAUAACCUCAAGAAGUGUUAUAUUAUGACCCUGGGUUGUCUGGCGCCUUAUCGUCGUUAUGGUGUCGGUUCUUUGCUUCUUCGCCAUGUUCUGCGGAAAUGCACAAAAAAUAAGCAAGUAAAGUCAAUUUAUCUUCACGUGCAUAUUGAAAAUGAUGCUGCUGUAAGGUUCUACGAGAAGUUUGACUUCCAAAUCACGAGAAAGAUUGAAAAUUAUUACCACCGGCUUUCACCGCAGGAUGCCUACAUUCUGGAGAAACAGUUGGACCACUCCGUUCCAGUCAGUGAUUCAGAUUCUGACUAA